CAUCUUUUACUUGUUGAGGAAGGAUGAAACUCAUCUUUGCUCUUCUGGUCAUCCUUCCCUUGGCCUUUCACUCAGAGGGAGGCUACAUCGGGGUCCCCAAUGGAGGUCGCUGGGGCAGCUGGGGUAGAACAGUGAUGUGUCCCCGGUCUUAUCGGGCUUUUGGCUUCAGUCUUAAGGUGGAAAGGAGACAAGGCUGGAAAGAUGAUACUGCUCUCAAUGGGAUCCGACUCCUGUGCCGACACACAGAAAACCGUAACGUCAAGAGAAUCAUACGGUCAUCGGAAGGAAAGUAAGUUCAUAAUCUGUAGUCAAUAUAAUUUGAGGCUAUCAUCUGAUGAUCAAAUACCACUUAAUUAAAUAAUGUCUUGUGUAUUUAAA